AUGGCGCCGCUCACACCGCCCAGUGACCCCGAAGCUCCGGGCGACGAGGAACCCCUUCUCGGGAAAUCUCGGAAGAAGUCAACAUAUCGCCAGUGUUGUUGGUGCCCUCUCGGUACAGCUGUGACCCUCUGGGCAGUUUUUUUGAUCGCGUUCUCCGUUUUUCUUGUUUUCGAUUUCAACAUCCGCGGAGCCGCGUUCACGUCAGGAGCGGUUCUGGGGCUCAUCACUGCGACGCUGCUGCUCUGUGCAGCGGGGCAGCAAAACGCUUUUAUCGCUUUCGUCUCGUUCUACCUCCAGAUUAUGGUGUAUGUCCUUUGGGCGCUUCAGAUGGGCCUGGCGGCUGUUUCUCUCUGGAAGGUCACGCAUCGACCAGCUUCGUCGCCAGGAUCUGGGUAUGAGAGUGCCGAAUCACCCCGAGUUAUUCUCAGUCAGUACGUGGUCAUGGCCGACACUGUAACCGGCGAAGAUGGUUCGAAGCCUGUCCAGGUCUACAGACAGGUGGAAGCCUCUUUUGCGGUAUACGAGGCCACGUUCUGUGCCUUCUACGCAAUGCAGUUGCUUCUUGCCCAUUUCGUUUUGAGUAUGCUGUGGAGUUUCUACCGGGUUCUUCAAGCAGGAGGCACAGGCUUUGAGAAGAAAACGGCGGAGGAGCUGGAAGAAGACGCCCUAUCCGCCCAGUUCCCCUCCUUUGUCGAAGACACUCCACGGGACUCGCUGCCGGCGUAG